CGAUAGGUGGUGCUUUCAUGACCGAGACAUUGCUCCAGAUGGUAAAACACUAGAGGAGUCAAAUGCAAACUUGGACGAAGUGGUAGCACUUGCUAAGGAGCUUCAGGGUUCAAAGAUCCGACCUUUAUGGGGUACCGCUCAGCUGUUUGUACAUCCGCGAUAUAUGCAUGGUGCUGCAACUAGCUCUGAAUUGGGAGUAUAUGCAUAUGCUGCAGCCCAAGUCAAAAAAGCUAUGGAGGUUACACAUUAUCUUGGUGGUGAGAAUUAUGUUUUCUGGGGUGGCCGUGAGGGUUAUCAGAGUCUUUUGAACACAGACAUGGAAAGAGAACUAAAUCAUUUGGCCAGGUUCAUGGAAGCUGCUGUUGCUUACAAGAAAAAGAUUGGGUUUAAUGGGACAUUGUUCAUAGAGCCUAAGCCUCAGGAGCCUACAAAGCAUCAGUAUGAUUGGGAUGCUGCUACUGCUGCUAAUUUUCUUAGGAAAUAUGGCCUUAUAGAUGAGUUCAAAUUGAAUAUCGAAUGCAACCAUGCCACUUUGUCUGGACAUAGUUGUCAUCAUGAAGUGGAGACAGCAAGAAUCAAUGGAUUGCUUGGAAACAUUGACGCAAAUAGUGGCGAUCCGCAAACUGGUUGGGAUACCGAUCAAUUUCCCAUGGAUGUAGCUGAAGCAACUCUAGUUAUGCUCUCUGUUAUCAAGAAUGGGGGAAUAGCACCAGGAGGAUUCAACUUUGAUGCCAAAUUGCGGAGGGAGAGUACGGACGUUGAGGAUAUAUUCAUUGCACAUAUUGCAGGUAUGGAUACCCUGGCCCGUGGCCUCCGAAGUGCUGCAAAGUUGAUUGAGGAUGGUUCUCUGAAUGAACUUGUUCGAAAGAGGUACCAAAGUUUUGAUUCUGAGGUUGGCCAAGUCAUUGAGGCAGGAAAGGGUGAUUUUGAAAUGCUUGAGAAGAAAGCUUUUGAAUGGGGCGAACCAAAAGUCCCUUCUGCUAAACAGGUAAAAUAAAAAUUAGAGUAUGUUAAUGGUUGAAUGAUAGACAUGCCGAUACGUCCCGGGUUAUUUCAAGCUUUGGGUCAAGAAAUGUUUGUUCAUGACCUAGAGAAUUCGGGUCGGAAUGGACGUGAUGGGUUUGGACAUUAAUUUUAAGUUUUUGGAUUUUAUUCUUUUCCAUCAUCUCCGAUGGAGCUAAAAUUUCACCAUUUUUUGGCUUUGGGGUGUGAUGGAAUAAAUCAAAAUGGAUCUCUAAACUGUCUGCGCUUCUUUAAUUAAUGAAGUAGCAGUUAGUCAAGCAAUGCAACUUUCGACGUUGAGCCGGGGGUCUCUUUGGAAACAGCCUCUCUACUUUCGAGUAGGGGUAAGGUCUGCGUACACACACCCUCCCCAGACCCUACUCUUGUGGGAUUUAACUGGGUUGUUGUUGUUUUUUGGAUUUUAUUCAUGAAACUUAACAAAGUGUGAAAAUUGUGUAGGAACUUGCGGAGAUGAUUCUCCAAGGCGCAAUAUAGAUGCAAAUCUUGACAGUCCUUACAAAAUACAUCAUAACUGUUGUCUUCUUCAUCAAGGAAGAUUCUUGACUGUGUGUGAAUUGGUCUCUCUUUUUAUACAUUUGAUAGAUUUGCUAUGUUCUUGAAUUUCAGCAUUGAGAGGAGGGAGUAGAGAUAAUUAGAAAUGCAGGUCAUGUUCAUUUUCUGCUAAACCUUGUAAACAUUAUACUUCCUUGACUUGGCAAAAAUAUGUUUCGAAUAAUCUAUAUUCCGAAUUCCAAGAAAUUCGAUUGCCAAAC